AGAGGCCACAGAGGUGUCCGUGCCAGAGUUCGGGGGGACCUGACGGUAGCCCUGGCGUCUCGGCAGUGACCCGCUCACUCGUUCGUAUUUGUUGAGAGCUUACCGUGUGCGGGGCACUGUACUGAGCGCUCGGGAGAGUGCCCUGCGAUAACCGUACCCCCCGAUUCUCCUCUUCUCCCCGCAGAGAGACGCCAGAACCAACCCCAGCCCCUCUCCCCCGCCCCCAGGAGCCCUGGCGCCCCACCACCCACUCCUGCCCCCUCUGCUCCGGGGCCUGGGUCUCCGCCGCCGCUGGCAGGGGCGGUGGGCGGCCCGGGAGACCCUCCGCUCGGGCUGCAUGGCGUCGGGGAGCCCCCCGCCCGUCCCCCCGACCGCUACCCCGACGGCCGCCGUCAUCAUCGUGGGCGACGAGAUCCUGAAGGGUCUCACGCAAGACACCAACAGCUUCUUCAUGUGCCGGACGCUGCGCGGGCUGGGGGUGCGCGUGGAGCGGGUCUCGGUGGUCCCGGACGACGUGGAGGUCAUCGCGGCCGAGGUGUCCUCCCUGGCCCCGCGCUUCACCCACGUGCUGACGGCCGGCGGCGUCGGCCCCACGCACGACGACGUGACCUACGAGGCGGUGGCCCGGGCCUUCGGGGACCCGCUGGUGGCCCACCCGGACCUCCGGGCCGCCGUGCGGGCGCUGGCCGGCGGAGCGGGCGGCGGGGGCCGGGAGAAGCUCACCCUCGUGCCCGCCUCCGCCCGCCUCCACUACGGCCGCGACGCCCGCACCGACCGGCCCUUCCGCUUCCCGCUGGUCAGCGUGCGCAACGUCUACCUGUUCCCCGGCGUGCCGGAGCUGCUGCGGCGGGCGCUGGAGGGGCUGGCGCCCCUCUUCCGCCACGAGGGCUCCCGCCGCCACCUGCGCCAGCUCUACGUGGCCGCCGACGAGGCCGAGAUCGCGCCCGUCCUGGCGGCCGCCCAGCGGGCCUUCGCGCCCCGCGUCGCCCUCGGCUCCUACCCGGACUGGAGCAGCAACUACUACCGGGUGCGCCUGGCCCUGGACGGCGAGUCGGAGGCCGCGCUGGAGGAGGCCGACGGGCACCUGCGGGCCCUCCUGCCCCCGGGCGCCGUGGUGCCCUACGAGCCCGACGCCGUGGAGCGGGCCGGGGAGGCCGUGUACCGGCUGGCGGAGGCCGGGAGCCCGCUGGGGGCGAAGGUGGCCGCGUCCCUGCGCACGGUGGAGGAGGCCUUGGCCCGCUACGGCCCGGCCCGGCUCUGCGUGGGCUUCAACGGCGGCAAGGACUGCACCGCCCUGCUCCACCUGGUCCACGCCGCCCUCCAGAGAAAGCACCCCGGAGCCGCGGAGCCCCUGCAGGUCCUCUACAUCCGGAUCGUCUCGCCGUUCCCUGAGCUCGAACAGUUCCUGGAGGACACGGCCAACAGGUACGGGUUACGCACGCUGACGGGCGGCGGCCCCAUGAAGGAGGCGCUGGAGGAGGACUGGACGUACCGGGAGAUCUGGGACUUCCUGCGUCAGCUCUACGUGCCCUACUGUGUCCUCUACGACAAAGGCUACACGUCCCUGGGCAGCAUGGAGAACACAGCGAAGAAUCCCGCGCUGAGGUGCCCGGGCCCCGGGCCCACCCCCACCUACCGGCCCGCCUACCAACUAGAGAACGAGGACGAGGAGCGCAACUCCCGCACCUAGGCGCCCCCCUCUCGCCCGCUCCCAGACCUCCACCCCUCGGUGCCCACCGGGCACACCCAACCAAUAAAAGAGUGGCCGGA